AUGGGCCGAGGUAGAGGAAAGGGUAAGAAAUUGACAGUAAUUGACCCUGAUGAUCCUGGGAGUGAGGAGGAAGAAAAAAUCCCUGCACAGAAGAGGAGAGGAAGGCCACAAAAAUCACUCAAAGAUGACAUCGAUGAAGAAGCAGCUGAGAUGAUUGAAGAGGAAGAUUCCGAGAAUGAAAAACUGGGAAUCCAAAACUUGGAGAUAAAAGGUUCUGCAACGGAAAAUGGGAAGAAGAGGAGGCGGAAUACUCGGGUGAAAGAAAAGCAUGGUUCAGUUAAAGAGGAAAAUAGUAAUGGAACCAGAGCAAGCACUGAUGAAUCUGCUAAGUCCAACAAUGUUUUCCGUCAUAGGCGGAAAAACAAGCCUCGCCGUGCUGCAGAAGCUGGGGUUGAGUGCAACUGA